AUGAACAUUUCAACGUCGACUUUGGGUACCCGCAGAAGAAAGGGGGCCAGUAAUAAUACCCAGGACCUCGAGGAGAAUGCGCUGGUGUUGAAGUUGGGCCCAGAGUUCAGCUUGAAGCAAAUCAGCCAUCUGGGCCACGAGGUGCCACUCACAGCGUUGAACUUGUCUGAGGCAAAGAUUUUGAUCAGAGAGGCGUUGAAGGGCCGCAGAUCCGCCAACGGUGGGCACAGCGACGAUGAGGACGAGAUGGAGAAGAAGGACUUGAAGGAAGAUGACAUUAUCACAAACUCCGCGAACGCUAACGAAAUCUUGAGAAAAACGAUCAACUACAUUAACAACUUUGCUAGAUUCAAGGAUGAUUCGUCCAUUGCCGCCGUGGAAGAGUUGUUAAGAGAGUACAACGACGUGGAUGGCAACAAGCAGGAGUUCCACCCGUUUGAGAAGGCGCAGUUGGGCAGUUUGAUGUGCGAUGAUGCCGAUGAGGCCAAGACGUUGAUUCCAUCCUUGCAAGACAAGAUUUCUGAUCCGGAACUCCAAUCGAUCUUGAACCAGUUGAGGCGCCACGAAGCGCCAUAUUAG